AACCAUCAUCAUCAUCAUCUUCCCCCAAAAAAAAAUUCUUGAAACCAAUGUGAAAAAAAAUAUUUUCUGUUCCCAAAUUUCCCAUGGCAUUUCCCACCACUCCAGAUUGGGCACAGCCAUGGAUGAUCCCUUGCAAUAACACUGCAAGGAUGAGUAGUAACAGCAGAGUGAUGAAUAUGAGCAGAAACCUCCCUUUGCUCUCUCUUCUCUGCUUCAAUUCCAGCAGGGUUUCUGCAAGAUCCUCCAGUUGUUCAGCCCCAGUUCUUGAACACCAAGCUUCUUGCACUCAAACCUCCAUAGGAUUGGAUUUGCAGCUUCAGGAUCUUUGCCCUUCUCCUUUGCCAGAGCCUGAGGAUUUGAAUGGGCUAAUCUGCAGCUUGCUCAAGGAUCCCCAGACUGCAGGGAUCGGGCACGAGUAUUACGAGAAGGCGAAGGAGAAUCCGGGGUUUAUCCCGCAAAAAUCCACCCUGAAUCUUCUUGUCAGGUACUUUAUGAGCUCCAGAAACUGGGGCUCAAUCUCUUUGUUGGUUCAGGAUUUCAGGGCUUUCCAUGUUUUCCCUGAUAGUUCCACCUGCUGUAGACUGAUUAUUAGCUCUGUUAGGGCUAGGAAGUUCAAGAUUGUAGAUAGUUUGCUUGAAUCUUUGAUUGGAGAUGAUGAUAAAGGGGCUGCUGUUUUAGGGUUUGAUUCUGCAAUGAAAGGGUAUAACAGUUUACAUAUGUAUAGCAGCACUGUUGUUUUAUACAGAAGGAUGAAAUCUGCAGGUCUUGUUUUAGAGCCUGGUUGCUAUUGUGGCACCAUGGAGGCUUUCUUGAAAAUGGGAAAGUAUGAGAAAGUGGUGUCUCUGUUUCAAGAAUUUGAAGGGAGGAGAGUGGAAUCCAAAUCCACACAAUUUCAUGCCCAAAUCUACAGGUGUUUAUGCAAGGCUCUGGAGAAACUGGGGCGGCCUUUCGAGGCGUUGGAGUAUUUCAGGGAGAUGACGAGGAAGGGAAUUCCCGAGGAUCAGAGCUUCUAUUCUUCGCUGAUAUGCGCCUUUGCGACUGCCCGGGAAGUGAAACUGGCCGAAGAGCUUCUGGAGGAGGCAGAAGGGAAGGGAAUGGUGAGGGAUCCAGCUCUGUUCUUGAAGCUGGUGCUCAUGUACAUUGAAGAGGGAAUGCUGGAGAGGACUUUCGGUGUGAUUGCUGUGAUGAACCGGGCGAAAAUCCGCGUUUCUGAUUGCAUUUCCUGCGCGAUUGUGAACGCUUUCUCGAGAAAACGAGGGCCUAGAGUUGCAGCAAAAGUUUAUGAAAAAUUAGUAUUCCAGGGGUGUGAGCCAGGCCAAGUAACCUAUGCUUCAAUCUUGAACAUUUACUGCAGAAUUGGGCUCUAUUCCAAGGCUGAAAUGAUCUUUGCAGAAAUGGAACAAAAGGGGUUUGAUAAGUGCAUUGUGGCCUAUUCCAGCAUGGUGAAUAUGUAUGGGAAAACAGGCAGGCACAAAGAGGCAAUGAGGCUUGUAGCCAAGAUGAAGGAGAGGGGUUGCGAGCCGAACGUGUGGAUUUACAACACUCUCUUGGACAUCCACGGGAGGGCCUCGAACACGAAGCAAGUGGAGAAGAUAUGGAAAGAGAUGAAACGACGAAAAGUCGUGCCAGACCGAGUUAGCUACACCAGCGUUAUAAACGCUUACAGCAAGGCCAAGGAGUUCGAGAACUGCAUCAAAUACUACCAAGAAUUCAAGCUAAACGGGGGCAAGACGGACAGGGCAAUGGCGGGCAUAAUGGUCGGGGUUUUCUCCAAGAUGAACAAAGUCGACGAAUUGGUUAAACUCCUGCAGGAUUUGAAGACGCACGAGACCAAGCUAGACGAGAGGCUUUACCGGUCUGCUCUGAACGCUCUGAGAGACGCGGGGCUGGAAAUUCGAGCAAAAUGGCUGCAGGAAAGCUUUGCUGUUGCAACAUAAAUCAUUUCCUGCAAUUCUCCAAAGAACAUUGUAAAUACAAGGUGAUGGAGGAGAUCAGAGAAUUAAUUAGCUCAUCUGAAACAUUGGUUAAUGUCACAUUUUCAGGUUUUAAGGUUGUCCCAAACCUUUGUAACCAUCCACUUGCUGUUUAUGAAAGUUAUAAAGAAGUCAUACUUUGCCAUUGUGUAGACAACUUCACAAAUCAUAUAUAUAUAGCGGGGCAGCGCUCUGCAGUACGGUACAUGGGUAAUUUUGUACGUGUACUAUGUUUAGGGUUGCAUAUAUAAAUAUGUUGCUGAUAACUUUGGAUGUUUUAUUAUCAUUAUUAAUAAAAGAGGAACUUUGUUUUCAUGGACA